AUGAUAACACAGAUAGAUACUUCAUCUGUAAAGGGUGUUUUCGCUGGAUCUGGACUGGGAUGUUUUGGUGAAUCCUCCACUGUAGAUCGUGUCUUAAUGCUCACUGGACACUUUGAUGAGAAGAAACAACAAUUAACCGCACCUGUGCGAGUUGCCUAUAUUGGCACAGCUGUUUAUGAUAUUCCUUCCUACAAGGAAAAACAAACCAAGUGGUUUCUCACCCGUGGGUGUACAGUAGGAGAAGUCCGAGUGGCGGAUCCCUCCCGUCCAAAUACAAUUGAUCCCACCCAACUGCAAUUCCUGCGAGAUGCGCAUAUUAUCUUUGUCUCUGGCGGCAAUACACUCUUCGCCAUUCGCCGCUGGGAGGAAACGGGAUUAGAUCUCUGUUUGCGGGCGGUGGUCCUGCGGGGCUCGGCUGUACUCGCCGGGGGCAGUGCGGGGGCCAUUUGCUGGUUCACCGCCGGCCACAGCGACUCGGCGGAUCCAUCUACAUAUGCAGAGCCCAUGCUGCGAGCUGCCGUAUCUUCAUUAGAAAAUACAAAAACAACAACAAAGGGAAAAGAAGAGAAUGUGAGUGAAACGACGGAAUCAUCAUCGUGGGAUUAUAUUCGUGUACAUGGAUUAGGUUUACUUCCUGGAAUGAUUUGUCCACAUUAUGAUACCCGAGAGAGUAAUGGGAUUCUCCGCAGUGAAGACUUUGAUAAGAUGAUGAAACGUCACCCAACUGAACGUGGAAUUGCCAUUGAUCAUUGGGCGGCAUUAGUUUUACAGGGAGAUGGUACUUAUGAAGUCUUCUCUGUUCCUGGUAAGACUCGCGUGAAUGAUAAUACUUCUAUUCCAGCUGUUUAUAUAAAAGAUGUCGUGAAUGGACAGUUAUCGACUGAAGUAUUGCCUGUGAAGGGUCCAAUCUCAACAGUACUGCGGUCCCCAACAGGCCCGAUUGUGCGGGAUCCAUUUGAGGCGUAUUACGCAAUGGGAAAUCCAACAGCGACAACAGAGAAAUUACUUCGUCCACCAAAUUAA